ACAGAGUGACGACGCUGAAGAUGUGCUUAAACAAUUACUGGCGGAGGAGAAAAAUAUUGAUAAGAAUAUAGAAGACAAUAGGAAUAUAAUAUCAAGCUACAAAAAAUUCAACGACCCGGGUUGUCAACAGAGGGUAAAGCAGUAUCAAGAUGAAAUCAAGAGUAAAAAAGAAAAACUCACAGAAAUGAAAGAAAAUAAAUCUUAUGUUGAUGAUCUGAACCAAUCGUUAAAUGAAAAUGAUGAUCAAUAUAAGAAGUUAAAGGAUCUUGCAAUCGCCGAGCAAAAAGAAGUUAAAAAACGUAUGAAAAAUCAGCUGGAAGCCCUGACAAAAGAGCUCAACACGGCGACUAAACCAAAAAAGGUAGAUAAUGCCUUUUGCAUACACUUUAAACAUAUACUAAUUUUAAAAUUGCAGAGGCCGGUGUCGAUUUUAUCAUUGAGCCAUCCGAUACAUAAUAAGAUAAGGGCAAAGCUAACUGAGGAUUCUACUGGAAACCUUGCGGUGCCAUCAACGUCACGGGCUCACGACAACGUUGAUAUGGGAUCUCUUCUGAUUCAGCCUAGUGUGACAGACAAAAAUCCGACACAAAAAGAUGUGCCAGAGGCGAAUAGUAAAGCCGCAGACGAAAACACUAAGGAAAACAUCCCGAAAAAAUUAAAAAAGAGAAUCGAGGCUCAAACAUAUAAGGAGCAGAUAGGACACUUCGGAAUUUUAACAGCAAUCAACUCUGCCAUCAGGAAGCAUGCCGGCCUCAACUUUAAAGAUGAAAAAUACAGGCGGUUUGAAGCAAACGUGAAAACCAUUACGGCAGUCAGAAGGGCGCAAGCUGCUGUCUUGAAAACAACCAUGACUGCCCUUCAAAAGCAAGACAGGAAUAAAAGAAAAUAUCUCGAAUCGGCUGCCCAUAAAUUUCUAGAGAACCUAGAAAUAAAACCUCGUAAAGGAUUUGAAGAAGUUGAUGAGAACAUUAACUUGUUUGCUAUGAAACUUGCCGCAGCUCUCAAUAGAAUUUGCUCGUUAUUCCGUGAGUUGGAACCUAAACUGAAGAACAGACUGACCAAUAAAGAUUUUGAAGAGUUUUCAGAGUUGCAAGGGCUCGGACAACCAGCCUGAGCAAGCUUCAGCAUCACAUCAGGUAAAGAAGAAGAAGGAAGCUUUUUAAUAAAUAGUGGUACUGAAAAAAUCACUCAUAGCUCAUCAACC